GGUGCGAUAAAAUUCCUCAUCUUUGAACCGGAAAAGGAGGCCAUUUUUUKGUAGCAUCAUGAUUUUAUGAACAUUGUGGUCGGAGUAUGAAUGAUGAGCCUGCAGUACGAAUGCAUCAGCCAAGUCUAGUACGGCAAGAGUGCUACAAAAUCAUUCGGAAAGAAAAAUAGGAAAACGUUCUUACAGGAACUCGUACUACCGUUCGUACCUACUAUCUACAAGUCGAGUAUUGACACCCGCACGGUACUUGGUACGUAACGCAUGGAUGUGAUGAUCACUUGACGAGGGGUGAAGCACCGGUACGUGAAAAAUAUAAAAAGUACUUCUAGAAAUAUUUCUGAUAUCUUUCUCUCACUUUCCGAUUCAUUUGGAUAGCACUACAAUACGGUAUGACAUACUAUCUUGAUAAAUCGGGAUUGAUCAUAGACUACUUCGUACGAAAUGCCUACUACAGUACUCGUACUCCAAGUUGCACAUCGCUUGCGAUCACUCAAAAGUUGAAAAAAGAGUGACAUCGAGGGGAUUCGAACCCCCGCCAAUUAAGACAACGGCCUUAACGUUGCGCCUUAGACCGCUCGGCCACAAUGUCACAWGCUCAGUAAGAGCACCACCGAAUGAGGGGAUCGAACCCUCGACCACACGAUUAAGAGUCGUGCGCUCUACCAACUGAGCUAAUUCGGCUUUCUUGUUGUUAYACGCUYCAGCUGGUCUGAGUUUAAAAAUGAAAAUMGGACGUUCAUMCCCUUUAUCAUCAUCUUCGACGACCCAGCCUGUGACUAUGCAUUGGCCUUCUUGUUUGGAUUUCUCGCUUGUUUCUUCGUGUUAGUUGGAUCAGAGACGUCUCGAUGGCGAAUCGGAUUGUCUUCGAUCGGUUUGAACGUGCCGUCUAUUGCGUCGGUGAUCCGGAAGCCGCAAGCGACGAAAGCGGCAUGCCACAACACAAUGUCUUGUUUGGAAGACUAGUUCCAGAAAAUGCAUUUCCUGUCUUGUGGUUUGGUCUCGGAAAGAAUCAAUCAUCAAAGGAAUCCAUUGUCACGGAUUCCGGUCAUUGUGUUCGGGUCAUAGGUUGGCAAUGCCAGGAAACCAAGAUCCAUUGCCAGAGUCUUCUUSAMAGUCAUUUUGAUUCCAAUCGAGUGGGUUUGCACUGUCCAUCUGUGUUUUGAGGAAAGUAGAAUGGAUGGACGAGUCGGUACACCGACUGGAGUGAACAUACAGUGCAAACUGAAGUGAAAUACAAAUGUGUCGCCGAAUAGAUCUCAACACGGCAGUCGUACCGUAUUCUGAAGAAUCUGAAGAAUUUCGCGUUUCCUUCCGAAUGACUCUUUCUUGCCUUGCAUCGUCUUGGUACCGUCACGAAUGCUUCGACGAGUACUAAGAGUACGAGUACGGUCACGUGACAACAAAAAAUUGACGAAAAGAUUCAUCCAUUCUUCGGGAUGUUUCAUUCGAUUCAAUCGUUUGAUUCAAUCCCGAUAGUUGUGACUCUGUAAUUUAAUUAGAACUAUUUCAGCUCGUGUCUGGGCGGUGCAAAGCUAGCAUCAUCUUUUCUUACCGAAAGGAACGAAACAACGAAACUGUUACCGACAACGGGCAUCAGAGUUUGUUUACCAUGGCAAGACAAGACAAGGCUGUUAACAAAGGCCACCGUGCGAUCUGUAUUCAUUUGAAGCUAUUUCAAGGUACCGACACAGACCAUGAAGAUGCACCGUCAUCUUCUCGGAUCCAUCACAGCAUCUGCGAUUGUGUUUCUUUUGGCUUCAUCGCCCUCCUCUUCGUUCGCGACGAAACAGCAGCCGCUUCGAAGCAUCGCAAGCACCUCAACAACAUUUCGGGGCCCCAACGGACUUUCUCGCGACUUGGGUGACAAGAACAGAAGCAUCGAGACAAAUCACAACCGCGGAAUCACUAGCGAAAUUGUGGAGAGCAUCCGCGAAACCGAUUCCCGCGUUGCCGAAUUCCUCGAUUCCAUCCCCCUGGAAUCCUUCGGUCGCUCGAGCGAUUCCCCCCUUCCCAUGAACUACGGCAUAUUCCGUGGUACCUCGUCGCUACGCUCGCUCUCAMAGAACCAAAACGACCUCCUGUGCCGCUUUUUGGCACCGAGCAACGCGGAAAAGAACCACCCCAUCGACCACAAGGCCCUCGCCCUGCUCUUUGUGCUCGGCGAACACCUCGAGGCCGCCCACGAGCUGGUCCUCGGGGUAACCCCCCGCGAGCUCGAAGCGGCCGAGCACGCGGCGACCCACCCGGGCCAAACRACCUGGGCGAGGGACCAUCCGCUGGACGCCACGGCGGACUGGAUCCACGCCAUCGUUCACCGCCUCGAGGGAUCUUCCAAGGGGGAGGGGGGCGCCACCGGGUACGACAACGCCAAGCACUGGUUCCUGGGGGGCGCUGCCAAGCGGCUGGACCGCCCGGACCCCUCUCACCCCGUCCGCAAGCUCCUGGCGGAGUCGGCCCCGCGGAUCGCCCCCCUGCUGUGCGAGGGACGGCGGUUGCUGGGCCCGGGAACCGCAAGCCCCCCGUACCGGCACAACAUCCCGGGGUUUGGGACCGCCGUGGAGGYGGAGCUGGGGAGGGGGGAGUGGGACGACCUCGCCUUUGUCGAGCUGUGCCGGAGGCGCGAGUCGCAGCUGCGGGGUGACCGCGGGCCAUUGGGGAGCGAAAACGAACUGAGCGACGCCGAGUGCCUGGAACUGGUGGACCUGCAGCGCUUCGAGCUGCUGUGCCUGCUCCACCACGUGCUACAGGCUCCCAACGGGAGAGGGUGACGAACCAAUCGAUUCCCGGAGCGAGGGUUUCCUUGAAUCCGCCGGGCUGUGAUGGAAUGCGGGRAUGCAAUGGAAUGCGAUUUGGCAAAACAAUCGGCCGUCCAACCACGGAACAGUUUUUCCAUCGUGUUUGGCGAGGAAUAUGCAACGUUGCAUCGUUGCAUCGUUGCGUCGCAGUUGUUGCUGGUUGUGGCGGGUGCUAGAUCCGGGGUUCCAGCUUUCGCGCCGUGAAGAUUGGGAAAACUAUAAAUGAAAGACGCAAAAACCAGCAAGAAAACUCCAGCAAUGGUGCACGCCUAGGCCAACACUGGGCAGGGAACUUCUCCCCGCUUUUGCUCGUUACAAUGGUGGUUGAGUUGACAACGAAUCAAUGACGAAAUAAAGAAAAGACGAUGCGUUUUGUGCUGUUCCUUCCGCAGGAAGAACGAACAAAUGGCUUUAUCCCGGUCCCCAGUGGUACCAUACAAUCGAGAAGGAUGGCCUUCUCCCUGCAAUGCAAAUCCACUUUAAACAUCGCAAUUUCAGUGCCGCCUCAACGGGACAUGCCUCUAGUUGGCAUGGAAAAACCAGCUGCGGGUAGGUUGUUAUCAAGAACACACACGCCGGGAGCGUGGUGGCGCCACCUAUUUGAUUGCAUGGCGCACCGUCGGUGGUUGCAAGAGGCCAGGGGACAAAACUUGGAAGUUCAACAAGAUGCGAAAACAAGUAGUCACGGAAACGGGCGCACUGUAGUCUUUUAAUGCUCAUAGUAGUUUGGUCUAUACCACUGCGCACUGUGUCAAUGAGUCACUGGAUAGAUGGAUGGGCGAAUCGAUCAAUCCCCAUGAGAGCUACCAAUUGUAGAGGAACUAACAAAAACCGUCUUGAAUG